AUGGCCAAAAAGAAGAGGAAGUCAAGUCUCCCAAUCAUCUGUGACGAUCUCAUGAUCGAGAUUCUAUCAUGGCUUCCAGUGAAAUCCCUUAUGCGAUUCAAGUGUGUGUCCAAGUCCUUCCAUUCCUUGAUCUCCAAUUCAGAUUUCGUGAAAUAUCACCUUCAAAGAUCACCUAAAAACGUCAGCAUGAUGUCAUGGUCAUCAACAGUCACAUCGAAGGGUGUGUUUCGCAAAUCAUACUCUAUGGCUUUACUCGACAACAACACAUCACCCAUCAUUGCUGAAGAUCAAUACCACAGGAUCGAAUUAAAGCGACAAGAAAGGUUUCUUCUUUCCUGCAAUGGUUUGAUCUGUUUUGUUUGUGAAGAUCACAUACGUUAUUGGGUUUGUUUAUGGAACCCUGCUACAGGGUUAACAUCACAAGAGUGGCCAUGUCUUCAACAUUAUUAUGUAAAUAGUGUGCUUGGUUUUGGAUACGAUGUUUCAUCCGACACUUACAAGGUUGUAGCAUUUUUUCAUAAUUCAACUAAAACACAUGUGAAGGUUUGCGGCCUAGGUGACAAUUGUUGGAGAAGCAUUGAAAGUUUCCCUGCUCUUCCCAAUUUGAGAGAGGGUGGAGUUUAUUUGAGCAGCACUCUUAAUUGGUUAGGAGAUCCCAAUUUCGGUUUCUUUUUGAAUAUUAAUCAGAUAGUGAUUGUUUCACUUGAUCUUGGGAAGGAGACAUUUAGACAAUUUAUUGCUGCCUCGUAG